CUGUUCUCACUGUCGCGUCAAUCCGCCUAGCGGCCGCCAGGGGGCAGCAUCCGCACGACACGAAACACGGAAGUCACACGGAAGUCAACGUCAUCGCUGUGUUUGUAUUGCUGCUGUUUUGCACAAAGCGAUCGGAUCCAGUACGAUCCAGCAGAUGCACAAUAACACUCCCGUUUAUUAGCCGGAGAUGGGCGGUCACGGCCUGAUGGGGGACGAGCCCGAGUCCCUGGACUACUCGGUCCAUGAGGCCUGGAACGAGGCCACCAACGUGUACCUGCUGGUCGUCCUGGUCAGCUUCGGCCUGCUCAUGUACGCCAGGAAAAACAAGAGGAAGAUCAUGCGCAUCUUCACUCUGCCUCCCGCCAGCACCCCAGAGCCCAACUUCUACGACAGCCUGCAGAAGGUCCGUCUGCGGCAGCAGCUGGAGAUGUACUCCCUGUCCAGGAAGUUCGAACAGCCGGGCCAGACGGAGAGCGUCCAGCUCUCCAUGGAAUGAGACCAGGGAGCGCUGUCCAGCUGUCCCCCGAGCAGGUCACCGCUCGCUCAGCCCUACCCCUCACACCGUCUCCCCAAGCGAACCCUUCCAUGGAGCAUAGGGGUUGUGAAGUUGACCCCAAUGUCGACCGCUAUGGGGAGCCCUCCUUGUUGGGAGCUCUCUAAAAGGGUUGGUUCUGUACCACAAGAGAGCGCCCGUCAGAACGUAGAACAAUGCUCUACCCACAACCCCUCACUGCCUCCCCCCCCCCCCCCCCAUCCCUUCCUCGACCAGCUCAGGUUACGGGGAACUGUUGAUGCGUGCCGGUUCUCCAUGUGGCCGUAGCGGAGGGGUAGGUGGUUUCCGUUUGCUGUGUGGUGCGUAGUGAUGGUGUGAGGGCGAUGUCUCGGCUCCCCUUCAGUGGAGGGUCAUCUCUCAACUGGCAUUCCUGUGUUUCAUCUGCAUUUAAGGAUCUGCUUCGUAUCGUUGUUGCAUAUUAUUUUUGCGAUUAAGCCCUUUUUUUGGGUUUUAAAAUAUUCUGUAUAUACAAAGUAAAUGUUUCCUUUUAUUACCGUUGUCUUGCGUGAUUGGAUAUGUAAAUUGGCUUCGAGUAAAACAAUUUGAAGAUGGUGUAUUAAAACUAAUGAUUCAA